AAACCCUAAAAUAAAAGAAAACAUAUAAAAUGCUGAGGUAUGAUGAUUUGGGUCUAAUCUUCUGUUGUAAGAUGCUGCAGUUAACCGUAUCUAUCAUUUGAAGUUCAUAUUCAUCAUUUCUUUAGUUUUUCUUGCUUAAGUUUGUUUGGUUGAAAAGGGAGAUAUCUUUAUCGGUAAAUAUGACAUCAUGAAUGUACUUCAAAGCCUCAUAGAAAGACUAAGGCCUCUUGUGGGUUUGAAAGGCUGGGAUUAUUGUGUUCUUUGGAUAUUUAGUGAUGACCAAAGGUUUCUCGAAUGGAUGGAGUGUUGCUGUGGUGGAACUGAGGACAUACAAAAUGGUGGAGAUGACGUUCAAUUUCCUCUUUCUUCUUCUUGUUGUAGGGAUUUAAUCUUUCAACACCAAAGAACUAAAUCUUGUGAACUUCUUGCACAACUGCCCACUUCAAUCCCAUUAGACUCUGGGAUUCAUGCACAGACCUUGAUAUCAAACCAGAUUCAUGCACAGACCUUGAUAUCAAACCAACCCAGAUGGCUAAAUUUUUCUAGUUGUUCAGAUUCAAGUGUUCCUGAAAUGAGGAACAGUUGGAACUAGGGCUUUGAUACCAGUUCCUGGAGGACUAUUAGAGCUGUUUGUUACUAAACAA